AUGAAGAUAACUUUACAUCUUCAAGCCUGCACAAAGAAAUUUGAAAAUCUAGAGUUUGAUGAUCAAAGUACAGUGAAGCAACUGAUCAAGCAUUUGUCUAAUCUUGGUUUUGCUCCAAAUUUUGAUAGAGAACAAAAAAGUGAUGUCUGUAUAGUCAUUCAAGACACAGAUGUUGUGCUCGAUAGCAGUUGCAAUGAUACGCUUCAACAAUCGAAUAUCAGAAAUGGCGAACACCUUUAUGUCUCAGAGAAAUCAGACUACCGCCCAGAUGGAAGUUGCAUACUAAAUUUCAGACAGAUGAAUGGCGAUAUAACAACUCUUGAAAAUAUAUCAUAUUCUCAAUCGAUGAAAUCAGUUACCAAACUACUGGCAGAAAAGUUAAAUCAGCCAGAGAAAAACAUUCGAUUGAUAUUUGCUGGUAAAAUAAUGGAUAUCUAUCGAACUGUUUCAAAUUCAUCACUUCAAACUCAAUCUACAAUACAUCUAGUUCUAAGAGUACCCAAGACUCCGACAUCAUAA